AUGGUGAUUUCUGGGGGGUGUUUGAGAUUGCUUAUUGUAUUCUACUGCAAGGCCAACCGAGCUUUCCUUUUGCCAAGCCUUUCAUUGCCUUCUUCGCCCCUAAUUCACCCACCGACUUUCGAGCAAGAUCUCGAUGAUCACUGCAUGUGA